AUGCACGAUGAACCAAGAACCAAGAAAGAGCCCAGGAUCAGCAGAUGGGUCGUUUUCAUUUCACGGCUGAACAGUCUUUUAGCUAGGGCAGGGACCAGAUCUUCGUCUUCAGGCACAAUUCCGCCCACAGCUGAAGAUUCUGGAGCAGGUGUAGGUGCUGGAGCUGGCUUUGAAUCGUCUUCGUGUUGGCCCGAUAUCAUGAGAAUGACUCCAAAGGUCAUGAUCAGGACGAUGGACAGGAUACGCCACGUCAUCUUUUCGAGCUUGAACACCACACCCCAAAAUAGCACAAAUAUCAACGAUGAUGUCUUGAUCAUCGUGUAUAGCGAGAGUGAUAUGAAUCUGAAUGCUGUGUUUCCAAGACCAAUGUCACCGGCUGAAGCAAUGGAACACGGUAAGAUCUUGGUCAGGUAUUCUUUCACAGGCAUCAAGUAG